GCAAUGAUGUGUUCCCUUCAGGGAGGGGAAUGUCUGAAAAUGAGGAAGAAAGUUUCCGCUGAGGGACAAUGAACAGAAAUUAAAAGAAAUAAACUCACCUUUUCUGGGCCAUGGCUACUAUAGCCUCAUCUGGCAUCACUGUUGCUCCCAGAGGCUCCAGUAACAUCACAACAAGCGCUGCGCUAACCACUGCCCAACCCAGCUUCAUUGAAGGCCUUAUCAACAAAAUUCCACUACCCAGAUGGGCUCUCAUAGCAAUUGCUGUAGCAGCAGGCCUAGUCCUGCUACUUUUCCUUAUCUGUAUCAUCAAGUGCUGCUGCUGCAAGAAGAAACGCAAGAAGAAGGAGAAACUCCACUUAGCAAGCAUUAAUGGUGCCUCCACAACAGCCAGCUUGGUCCAGCCUGAUUUGGAAGACAUUGAAUGUGGACUGGAAGAUGAGAAACGUGGACGGCUGCAAUAUUCCCUAGAAUAUGACUUUCGUGGCCAGGAGUUGAAGGUUGGAGUAAAGCAGGCAGCAGAUCUAAAGGCCAUGGACAGUGGAGGUACUUCUGAUCCCUACGUGAUUGUCUUCCUGACAUCUGACAUAAGGAAGAAGUAUGAAACAAAGGUUCAUCGUAAGACACUCAGUCCUGUUUUCAAUGAGAGCUUCAUUUUUCAGGUCUCCCAGGCACAGGUGACUGAAGCUGUACUGGUCAUGCAAGUGUAUGAUUUCAAUCGUUUUUCUAAACAUGACAUAAUUGGUGAGGUGAGUCUGCCUCUUGUGGAUGUGGACUUACAGCAUGUAAUGGAACAAUGGCUUGAUCUGUCUCCAGCUGGCAAGAUAGAGCAAGAGCACCUUGGAGAAAUCUGCUUCUCACUGCGAUACGUUCCCAGUACCAGCAAAUUAACGGUAGUUAUCUUGGAAGCCAAAAAGCUCAAGGUUAUGGACGCAGAUGGAUUAUCAGACCCAUAUGUCAAAGUGCAACUUAUUCUGAACAAAAAGAAAUGGAAGAAAAAGAAGACAACUGUGAAGAAAAAAACAUUAAGCCCCUACUUCAAUGAAGCUUUUGUUUUUGAAGUGCCUUUCAACUUGAUCCAGAAUGUAGACCUGGUGAUCUCUGUGUGGGAUCAUGACAAAAUGACCAAAGAUGACCAGAUCGGAAAGCUGUUUCUUAGCUGCCGAGCUACAGGGAAUCAGUUGCGCCAUUGGUCCGAUAUGCUGGCUAAUCCUCGCAGGCCUAUGGCACAGUGGCACAGUCUGCAGCCUGUGGAAGUUAUUGACAAAACUCUGGGACUGAAGACACGCUUCAAGCUGCCACUACCCACCAGCUAACCCACCCUCUAGGCCUCUCCACUCCAGAAGGAAACCCAUAGCUAUUAUUUAUAAAGGGAGACAUGAUAGUACAACUCACCACAUCAUGGUCAGUUAAAGAUGUAGAUUCUAGACAAGGGGAGGCAAGGCUAGGGAUUAGCCCAAUGUAGCCCACAUUUAGGUAAACCAGCAGUUAUCUCAGGGCACCCUUCCAUCAGGAUCAUUCCUCUGAAGAGGAUUUGAACUACCGCACAGGUCUCUUUAUUGGUGUUCUCUGGGGCUGGAGAAGAUAAGGAAGCAAGAGAAUGACAGGUUAUCCUGUUGGCCAAAGUGGGAGAUUAAGAAAAAUCAGUGCACCAACCUGCACAUUUCUCUUUUAAUGUCUUUAACAUGGAGACAUUUCACAUGGAGUCUGAAAAAAACCCAUUGCCUGUGUAAAUUGGGAUGGUUGGGUGGGAAGGAAUGGCAAAGCCCUGUUGCACUUUAGGAAGAAGGGGAGAGCAGGGUGGAAUGGAAAACUGUCUGCCCCAUAGCGUCAGAGCAAACAUAGCAACGUAGCAGAACUGGAAGUUAAUCAACUCAUCAGCUGAUGAUUUCCCUAAGACUAAAGGUCUUCUGAAGACACAGAGAUACAAUCUUGUGACUCCAACAACAUUUUUUAUGUACUGUAAUGUAUUAUCUUGGAUUGAAUCUACUGUUUUAAAAAAACUGGAAAAAACCCCCCACCAUGUAGCCUUUCAAAAUCAAACUGUUAACAUAUCAGUAUAUAGACUUAUGCGGGUCAGUUGUUUUUCUUCUAGGUUGAAGGGGAAAACAAAACUUGAAAAUAACCAUGGUUAGAGUUGUGCUCUCUUAUUAAAUAUUUUAAAAAUAAUUUGCCAUUCAAGCUAUGUGUGCAAUCGUCUAUAAACCUGAUUGUUAAACUCAAAGGAAGAAAUAAAUGUUUCUUUUGGCAUUGCUA